AUGAUCAAAACCGCAAGAUCGGGUCUCUGGGCCAGGACUUGUUCCAGAAGCAUUCGACAGGCAUCGCGAAAGCCCCUAAGCCCGCCGCGCCGCCGCUGGCUUACAGUGGCCUCCGGCGCCGCUCCGCAGCAACGCUUCGAUGCCGCGAGCAUACCAGUUGACCAUGGCUCUCCCGGCGCCAAAUACGAUGACGCUCUUUUGCGCCAACUGUUCGAUUCGCCCCAGACCUUCAAGGACUUUGCGCCGCCCUCGGGCCGAGCACUCAACGGAGGGAAUGUCGGGCUCUUCAGGAACAGAUACCUGACAUCGCCCCAAGGCUUCCUGACUUUCGCCCACGACAACCUACAGAAGGCGCAAAAGCUAGUAGAUAAGGUCCUCCGGGCAUCCACAGUUGAGGAAUACAAAACCGUUGUCCGUGACCUCGAUAGGCUCAGCGACUUGCUUUGUAGGGUACUGGACGUCUCCGACUUUGUCAGAGUAACGCACCCGGACGAAAAGAUUCAAAACGCCGCUUCGCAAGCAUGGGCAUACGUCUAUCAGUACAUGAACGAACUGAACACAACGACGGGAUUGUGCGACCAACUCGGGAAAGCAUUGGAUACCCCCGAAGUACGGUCGAGCUGGACAGAGGAGGAAGAGACUGUUGCGCAGCUGCUCCGGCAGGACUUUCUCAAGUCGGCUAUACAUCUUCCGAAAGAGUCGAGGGAUAGGUUCGUGACUUUGUCCCAAGACAUCAGCGAACUGGGCUCGACUUUCGUCGACCAUAUGACUCCUGAGAGGGAUGUCAUCAGGUUGCCCAGCAGUCGAUUCCAAGGUAUGGACCCGCGACUGGCCCGGAAAUAUUCGCGGCUAGGGCGUGUGCACCUGCCGACAAUGUCACCGGAAGCCACUGUUGCUCUACGUAGUGUUCUGGACGAAGACACCAGAAAGGAGAUCUACCAAGCCACCAGGACGGCAUCAAGUAGAUCCAUCAAGUGCCUGGAGACGCUGUUGACCUUACGCGCCGAACUCGCCGAACUCGCGGGCUUCGAAAGUUAUGGCCAAAUGGCGCUCAGGGAUAGGAUGAUGGCCAAAUCACCCGAAUCUGUACAACAAUUCCUGGGUUCUCUGGCCAAGUCUAAUGGGCAGUUCGUGGAGCAGGAAGUUGGAGAUCUACUAGCUGCCAAGAGCCAACUGUUUCAUGGGUCAAAUACGGAGACGCUGCACCCUUGGGACAAAGAUUUCUACAUGGAGGGUAUAAGGAGAGGCUUGCGAUCGCGGCGGCGAGAUAGCGAUACGCUGUCCUCGUACUUCUCAUUAGGAACCGUUAUGCAAGGUUUAUCAAGAUUAUUCACCCGCUUGUAUGGCAUCAAGCUAAUCCCUCGCGAUACACUACCCGGGGAGACCUGGCACCAAGACGUCAGACGUUUGGACGUGGUCUCUGACACGGACGGCCAUGUGGCAGUGUUAUACGUCGACCUAUUCUACCGACCUGACAAGUCACCAAACCCGGCGCAUUUCACCGUCCGCUGUUCGAGAGAACUUUCGGAAGAGGAGAUCAGAGAGGCGGGAGCGGAAACGGAGGCCACCACCCUAGAAGAGGCGAUCGAUGCGGCCAAUGAUGGAAUGCAUGUCUCACAGCAAUCCGGUACCGUCAAGCAACUGCCUACGAUCGCUUUGGUAUGCGAUUUCCACCACGCCAGCGAUGCAUUAAACAAGCCGGCGCUUUUGGAUUACUAUCAGAUGGAAACUCUUUUCCAUGAAAUGGGACAUGCUAUCCAUUCAGUCCUGGCCAGGACAUCUCUCCAGAAUGUCUCGGGGACGAGGUGUGCAACAGACUUUGCCGAGUUGCCAUCAACAUUGAUGGAACAUUUUUGUUCAGACCCUACGGUCCUGGGUCUGUUUGCCCGACAUUACGAGACAGACGAGCCCUUACCAUAUGAGCUAGUUGCGGAAAAGCUCCGCGUCUUCAAGCGUUUCGAGGCAUCGGAACGUGAGAACCAGAUCAUUCUGGCCAUGUUGGACCAGGAAUAUCAUUCUUCGAAGCCUGGACAGGCAGGUUUCGAUUCCACCGCCAUUUACCAUAAUCUUCAGCGUGAGCAUGGCAGAUUGCCACCAGAUACUCCCGGCACCAGAUGGCAGGGCUUCUUUGGGCACCUGUUUGGCUACGGUAGUACAUAUUACAGCUACCUUUUCGAUCAAACACUGUCAGAGCGUGUCUGGAGAGUGGUUUUCUCGGGUGGCCAGAACGCCGGUGCUCUGGACAGAGCUAACGGCGAACGCCUGAAGGAGAAUCUCUUGAAAUGGGGCGGCAGUCGUGACCCCUGGAGGUGUCUUUCUGAUGCGUUGCAGGAUGAACGUCUGGCCAGAGGUGACGAGAAAGCCAUGGCCCUGGUUGGAAGCUGGGGCGCCAAGGAUGGUCGUUACGACUAA